AUGGACACCAAGGGUAACCUGUUCAAGGCGGUGUACAACCAUCUUGUCUUGCCUCCACGUCUACCUGAACGACAAGAUGCGAAGCUGGCGCAAAUUGGGCACGAAAUUCUUGACAGAUUGGCCAGUGCGACACGAUUUCUUACAUUCCUUCAAGACAAUCCCUUCUCUCGAGAACACAAAAUCCUUUUUCAGAGCCUCCGGAGCUGCAGGAUCGUGAACGAAGGCGGGAAACUCGACACAACCUCACUGUUGGCAGCAUUUCGAACUCUGGAGUGCAAUCAUGUCCUGAUCCUACAUAUCACGGAGCAGAACACUGGCCUGCUUAUCCGACGAGAACAUAGUACCAACGGUGAUCGCGUUAUCUUUGAAGCGUUUGAAGCUUCACCCCUCUCGGAGCAUGUCCUUUCUGCAACGACUUUAGAAUGGGACUUCCCUGGCUGCGCCGUUUCUGUUCCGUGCGAAGCCUUCAACAGCGAAACCUUCCAGAUCGAGCUCUCAAGUUUCCUCGAGCGCGCGAGCAUCGAGCCCGUUCGAAGGUUUACUCCUCAGGCGUAUAAAGAACGAGCUUCAAUCUCCGAAAGUCGUGACACGGUCGAUCCUGGACUCACAACCCAGAUUUUGAUGCCUAUUCUGGAAGUUAAUGGCACGCGAAUUUUCCACGCCAUUCUCAAAAAACGCGUACGAGAUGAUGUCUGCUGGUCCGAAGGGGCUCACAAGCCUUGGAGACGUUGCCCUUUUUGGCUUGUACUACGAGUCGCGGUACAACGGCACCUCUCGACAUUACUUGAUGGCGAGCUUGGGAGAUUGCAAUACAAGUUCUUGAUCUGUUUGGUUUUAUCCCAACUUCUCAAGGAUUCAAUUCCAUCCCGCGAGAACUCAGUUCCAUCUCUCGAUCUGGAACUAUUAGUGUUCCUCAAGGUGAAGCUCUGUCGCCGUAUAGCCAAGCUUGAGGCUGAGAAAGACAGGGCUCCUCUACAAAUUCGCCAAGCUUACGAGACAAUGUUCCAGCUGCUUGAGGUAGAAUUCCUUCAGCAAACCAAGCGCGCAACCGAGUUUGUAGCAAAGCGCUGGACACACUUUAAGAGUGCCGUUAGCAGACGCAUCCCAAAGCUCCCAUAUCAUCUAGCUCGCACAAGUGGCUACGUGGAGGGGCAGCAGCCUUUUCUGAUCUUGAACCUCCCCAACAGCAUGAAAUAUCUGGACAGAGUGCUCAAAGGGGCCCAGCAAAACACUGUUCAACAAGGCUCUGGAACAUCCAGAUUACCUAGCGAUUUCGAUCCGUCGCUUGCCGUUCCACAAGCAAUGUCGAAAUAUGUAAAGAAGUAUCAAGACCUGGGCGAAAGAGAAUGCGACAUCGAGAGUGAUAUUCAAUAUGUUCCGACGUCGACGCUCAACUGUGAGGCACUAUGUUCCGAACUUGCUCGUUCGAUGAAAACCUACAUUAAGCAGGUAGCAGACGCUUACGAUAAAAAUCCCGAACAGAAAAGCAUCAUGCUUCUGACGUUAAUGGAAAUGUGGAUGUCAAUGGACAAAUGUGCGAUCAAAAAUUUCCCCCUGUUGCAGGACUACGACCCGGGAUUUCCACUUGAAAUUUUAGACACUCUACAGCUGUCCUACUUGAGCGAUAUGAAGCGCUUACAGACUGUGCGGCUCUAUCUUCGACACAGACAUGCGGAAUCUAAAGGCUCACGUAUGACGAUCUUCUACGAGCCUUCUAAGGGAUGCUUUGCAGAGCGAUAUUACGACGAGUCUCCAAACGCUUCAAACCUAAAAGAACUCCACGAUCGCAUCGAAAAGGACGCCCAACAUAAUCGGGCAAAGAAGACGAAAGAAUGGAAGAAAAUGACAGAAAAAUACAACGAACUGCGAAAGAAGCACUCUGAAAGCGAAUGUGUUUACUACACGGAUGAAUUUCUCGUCAGAAGCCACAGCCCGCAUUGUAGUAAAUGCUAUCUAGAGCGAUCGGCGGCGGAAAUGAGGAUCAAGAUCUACGAGCACCCGUUGCCAUCCAAUCUCGUCCAGGCCAAGAGUGUUGUGUUUGAGUUGAACUGCCCCGAAGCUUUUCUUGAUUAUCGGGAAGCGACCUGGACAUUGCUCGGGUCGUUCGGGGCACCAGACCUAUUGCCUAGCCAAGCACUGGCCCACCGGCUCUCAGCAUAUUCGGAACUCUCUGCCUACUUGAAACCGGGCCAGGGCAAAGAGUACGGCAUUUGUCUCGCGUCAACCAAAAAGUCGCAUCUCGGCACUCAUUACUUGGAGCGAAGUUUCCCUGUGAGCGAAAAUGACCUGUUUCGAUCGAACGGGAUGGAGUUUUGUUACUUCGAUGACAAGCUCAAAGUGUGGCCCUCACGACUGUUCUUCAAACCAAGCUUCGCCCAUCAUUGCGAGCUACCCCUGACGCGAAGUUCCCCACUAUUCUCCUUCAUUGCUUCUAUGAAGCUGAGUAUCAAUUCGAAUGGCCCUUCCUCGUACCAAGUAGUCGCCAACCAGACGCACUGCCCAACUGGGCUCAAUGCACAUGAGUUCUUGGGAUAUUUGUAUUUGUUUUCAGGCAAAGAGCGACGAUGGCUACAGAUUCUUAACGAACUUGGUUCUUCCAAUUUGAAUUUUAGCUCAGAGACUACCACGUUGCUAGUAUCAAGUCUGGCUCUCCAAGUCGGGCCGUCAUCUUCGGAGGAGGACCACCACCUUGGCACUGUUCACAACCCACUCCGCGAUGGAGCCUUCUGUACCAGGCUCAUAGACCAGCUCCGCUGGCGCCUUGAAGAUAUUUCGUCCAAUUGGCGGGAGAUGAAUUGCAUGGAGACGAUAAUUACUUUGCUGCUCCAAUUGCAUCAUUUAGGAAAUGUUCGUCAUCAGCAAGCUUCCGAGUUGCUCCAGAAAGUUCGGGACGUCACCAUGUCCUGGAUAGGAGCUCUGCGACAGGAGGCCCAAACAGUAAGAGAUACAGGAACGUCUGACAGAUGCUCCAAAUACGCUCUCUGGGCUGCGCUCCUUUGCAGAAGAACAUUUGCUUUGCAUGUUGACGGCAACUCCAAUAGUCUUGACCCGCUCGCACUCCGGACAUUCCUCGAUUGUUCGGUAGCUCUGCAAGACAAUUUGGUCAGUGACCCUGUUGGGCUGAAGGGGGCUCUGGAACGCGCUGUCAUCAGGGAUGCGAAGAUGGCCUCCCGGUUGAGAUACAUCCUUCGUCAAACUGUCGAAGACUACCCUGACGCCUUGAUAGCCUUCAUCUUUACCAUAUGGCCUAAUAUUCGAGACGACCCUACGGCGAAGCUGAAUCCACCCAGGUUUCUCCCGGGAGUAGAGAAUUGCUGGGUCGAAAUCAAAAUUCAAUUUCCCGCUGUCCAUGCAGUACAAAUCAUUCACGUCCAUCUCCUCGAAGGCCACUUCCUUGUUAUGGGCCAACCUCUAGGAAGCUUGUCAGCAGUUUACCGGGAAUCCGUCACCGUCCAGGCACUAUUUGGGAGUCAAAGCCUGUUGACGUAUCCAUCGUAUUUGACAGACAUGUCACAUGUCUUGAAGCUCAGCCCCAACGGCCAUCAAAUACACCUUGGACUUCGCAAUGGCAAAGUUCUUGUUCGUGCGAUGUUUCGGGGUAAAUUGCUUGAACUUAUCCCGGCCAAAGUCUUCUACAGUACCAGAAGUUUCGAUCUUCCAUCCUCUUUGAUCAACGAUUGCGUGCAUUGGCUGGAUUUGAAGAGUGGGAUUCUUGAAAUUCGACAUCAAUCAAAUAUCUGGUAUGAGAAACUAUCAAACUGGAAACUCAAUGUGAAGACGAAAACGGCCCUGCGUCGGACGGUCAGACUGGUCAACCCUCAAUCGAGCAUCUUCCAAGCCAUUGCGAACAUCUUCCAAGGAUUCGAAGGCCCUCAGCACCUCACUGUUUUCCAACCAGAAUUUCGACCUCUAUCUGUAGAACUCAAGCGCCUGGGUCUCUCUUUCACCGUUAAUGGAAGAGGCUGGCUUGAAUCGCCUCAACUUAAAGCUGAGAUCAACAAUAACCAGGACGCUGGAACUUGGUACGGACUUUCCUCGAAAAUUGUUCUUACUGAAGUACUUCGAGAUGCGCAGGCAAAGCAGCACAUUGUUCCUCCAAAUCCUCGUCGAAGUAUUGUCGUGCCGAUGGGAACAAUGCUCUACGAGCGACAUGGACCUCACGUGGAAGUCAAGGUCGACAAUGAUGGCGCUUAUGGCAUUUUCACGAUCAACAAUAUUCUUCAGCGGGUUGACUGUCAAGCUGAGCCACGACUGCUCUACUUGAAAGCUCAAUAUCAUGCUUUCACCUCUUUUGUGAUUCCUGAUCCUCUUACAGGCCGAACAGGAACUGAAGAAGCCUUACACCUCCUACGCUCGGGUAUCUGUCAACCAUGGUCGCCCCUUACUGAGGGCCAAAAUCGAGGAUUGAUCUGGAUAUCGAAACUCACACCCCGCCGAGAAUAUUAUCCGACACAUUUGAAAGUCAUGCAGAAGACUUUCUGGGAUCCUCAUUUGACUACGAAUAUCCAGCAUGACUGCUUCCGAGCCUUUGUUGAUGCUAUUCAUAAGCGAUCGGAGGAACUCGCGAUAUUCAGUUCCCAGAGCUUUCAAAUUCCUCAGCUAGGCCCGACUGGUGAGCGCCAUUUGACUGAACGCAGCCAACUUCGUCGCCAAGUUUAUCAACGACCGAAUUCUGGGUUCUUAAAACAGACUCUGGCUGAAAAAAACCUCCCAUAUCCUGCAAGACAUUUUCAGAAGGCUACUCCGGUUCGAGAGAACGUCCUGGAAAUAACUCGACUGGUUCGAAGCUGGUCAUCAAGAUUCCCGACCACAGAAGACUUGGCCGGCUUACUUCAUGGCCAAUCAGUUAUUGGAGGGUUCAAGCAAGAAUACAAUUCUAUGCUUCUCAGCGACCUCCUUGAUCUGGAUCUGUCAAUCCACUGGGGUUCUUUGGUCAAUUUUUGUUGCAGCCGUGGAUACGAAGAUCGAUAUGAAAUGAUGUUCGUUUUUGCGGUUAUGACAUUCAGUCAUACCAGCCAGGAAGAAUUGGCCCUCAUUAGAGCACUGCUGGCAUUCGCGGUCUUUACUGAGCUGAAGAAGGUUGAACAACCAAUUUGGCCAUCAUACAGCAACUUUCAAUUCUCGGAAAUUCCCAUGCUUGGGCGCCUAUUCCCUUUGAUCCAUCCAUUUCUGGUUCCGUAUCCAGGAGACGACAGGUCCAUUUUAGAAGGCACCGAAUUCAAUAUGGGGGUGAGGCAAUGGAGGCAACUCGAGAACCAGGAGCGUGUAUAUAUGCAGCAACAAGAGAACGAUGGGAAGAGAUUCAUCAGAUUCCUCUUGGAACAAUGGCCGUGCCAAGAACCCAAACUUGACGACCUUCCAGAUUCGCUGUUGAUUGAUAGUUCGCGAGCCCUCGAUGCAGUUCUUCCAGAGUGGUUCCGCUUGUACCGAAAUUCCCAACUUUCCGUUUUCCUCACCGCCGCUCAGAAGGUCCUGGACGCCCAUAGUUGCGAACCUCAAAUUCCAUUGGCCUUUGAAGUUAGAGAACAGGAGGUAUUGCCGACCCGUGUUCGAGGUGGGGAUUUUCCGCAACUCUCGGAUCUACUCCGAAAAACCUGCAGAGGCAGAGACGAGAAUUCAAGCAUGCCCAAGCCUCGAAUGUCCCCAACGAAUGUGGACGUCGGCAAAAUGGAGACCAUAGCUGCAAUCGCUGUUGAACAAGUCAACGGAAUGUCCCAGAAAAAUGAGGACAAUAGCACACCUGAGGAAGCGACCGCCGUUGUCCCGACUGAAGCCCUCGAACUCACACAAAUUCAAGGUAUAGUUGGGCGGCUUAUGAAAUCGAAGCAAUCAGUACGCCGGCAGUAUGGCCAAGAUCUCGGCCAUAGUCUAGUCGCAUUUCGAAGACUGAAAGGUGCUUCGCCAACGCCGAAACUCGAGGUGCACGAAGCAGCACGCCUCGUUUCACAAAUCCCUCAAGCUCAAUUGUGUGUUGGUCAGCAUCUCAGUUGCCUCCAAGGCAGUUUUGAAGGAUCGGAAACUCCAGAAUCGGUUACAAAAUGGCUAAAGUACGGUGAUCUUUGGCCAUGUGUCACUCCAGUGACCCUUCUCGAAACUUUACGUUCUACGACGAGCAUUAAUUUCGGUAAAGGCAUGAAGGAGAGUCUCACAGGCUACGCACUAUCUAUCACAUCAUUGCAGCGCCUGUUGAGGAUGGAUUCCGCUUACCAGAAACGGAACCUGCAGCGAUUCAUGGAAGAGUUUGAGAAUGUUGGUCAUUCUAACUGGCAACCGUUGGUUCAGACUGAUUGGCUUCUCCUCGAAAUUGACGCAAAUCUGUUAAUUCGCCCUGGUCAAAUCGAAGUUGCAGUGGCGACCAUAUCCCCGGCUUCUCAAUCCAAUUCGGUUUUACAGAUGAACAUGGGACAAGGCAAAACCUCGUGCAUCAUGCCUAUGGCUGCGGCUGUUUUGGCAAACGGAAAAAACUUACUAAGGGUUAUCGUCCCCAAGCCCCUCCUGCUCCAGACAGCCCAACUAAUGCACUCACGCCUUGGUGGACUACUUGGGCGCAAGAUUAUCCACAUCCCUUUCUCUCGAAAGACUCGCACUGAUAUGGACGUUUUGGGUAAGUUCGAUGCGAUUCACUCAAACAUGAGAAAGUCCUCAGGGGUUGUGCUUGCACUGCCAGAGCACAUUUUAUCGUUCAAGCUCAGUGGGCAACAACAGCUCUUGGAUGGCCGUGUCCAGGAGGCCAAGAGGAUGAUCCAAAUACAACAUUGGAUGUCGCAGGUCUCUCGCGAUGUUAUCGACGAAGCAGACUCUAUUCUUGCCAUCAGAACACAGCUUAUAUACCCGUCUGGCACCCAAAAGACUGUGGACGGCCAUCCGCAGCGAUGGUUGGUAGCGGAAGCAUUGCUGAGGCAAGUUCGUGGACAUCUAGAUAGUCUGCACCACGAGUUUCCCCAUAGCAUUGAGGUUGUGCGGAGACCAGAUGGUGGCCUGCCAUUUGUGUUCUUCCUCCGUAAAGAUGUCGAGGAUAGAAUGCUCUCGCUGUUAGUCGACGAUAUCUAUUGGGGACGAACUUCCAUACUGCCGGCAGAGAUUCCCAAAUCUGACCGUGUUCUCAUCAAAGCAUUUAUCUCGGAACCACGAGUGUCCUCAACACUGGCAAAAUCGAUUGAAUAUAUGUUUCCAGAUAAGCCUGCUCUAAAGCAGGUCACAUAUCUGCUGCGCGGCCUGAUCGUACAUCGAAUACUUCUGAUGGCUUUGAAGAAGCGCUGGAAUGUCCAGUAUGGUCUGCACUCUGCGAGAGACCCCAUGGCAGUUCCCUUUACUGCAAAGGGGCAACCAUCGGAACAAGCUGAGUGGGGUCAUCCUGAUGUUGCAAUCCUGUUCACAUGUCUCGCGUUUUAUUACCAAGGUCUAAGCAGUGAGCAAUUGCGACAAACCUUGGAACACGUCUCCAAAUCAGACGAUCCAUCACGGACAUACGAGCGUUUUUCACAAGAUUCAGAUCUUCCAGGUUCGCUCCGAAUGUGGAAUGCAAUCAACGUAGAUGAUGAUAUCCAGCUUCAAGAACUUUGGAGAAAACUUCAUGCUAGGGUGGUUGUGAUCGACUACUUCUUGAACAAUCAUGUCUUUCCGCGAUAUGCUCGGCAAUUCCACAUGAAGCUUCAGGCUUCAGGCUGGGACAUCCCGCUAUUCUCUGCACAAAUUAAAAGCGAAUCUACUCUCGGAGUUCGAUUAUCAGCCGAAUCAACGGCACUCACAACCGGGUUCAGCGGUACAAAUGACUGGAAGAGAAUUUUGCCUUUGACCAUUUCACAGAAUGAUCUACCAGGACUUUCUCAUACCAACGCCGAAGUCUUGUCAUAUCUCCUGGAGCCCCGAAAUCGUGGUUAUAUACUUGCUGCCGACAACCGUGGAAGGCAUUUAUCUGAGGUCGGCCUACUGAAUUCAAUGAAGAUGUGGAAAAUUCGAGUCCUUAUCGAUGCUGGGGCACAAAUAUUGGAAAUGAAUAAUCGUGAUCUGGUCAAGGCAUGGCUGGAUAUCGACACAGAGGCUCCUGCGGCCGUUUACUUUGGUGACGACAACAGAACUCUUGUGUACUAUCGACAAGGGUACUCGAUACCUCUUUUGGCGUCAACUUUCGCAGACGAUUUGAGCGAGUGUUUAGUGUACCUAGAUGAGGCCCACACUCGCGGCACCGACCUGAAGUUGCCUCCCAGAGCCAUUGGAGCACUUACUCUAGGACUUGGUCAGACGAAGGACCACACUGUACAAGCUGCUAUGCGACUACGACAGCUAGGCACAACCCAAUCCGUUUUGUUCUUCGCACCUCCAGAAGUCCAUCAAAGUAUUCUUGAUCUGGUUAAGAAGACUGAGCACGAUACAAUUACUUCGCACGAAGUUAUUUGCUGGCUUCUUGAUCAAACCUGUAAUGGCAUUGAACAACUCUUGCCGCUGUACUAUUCACAAGGCAUGGACUUUUGUCGCCGAACCCAGGCCGGGUUAGACAAUUCCGACUUUCUUGUUAAUACCGAGCAACGCGACGCAUACCUUGGUUCGCUGAGGCAAAUCGAGCAGCAAUCUCUGGCGCAGCUCUACGGAGUAAGUGCUAAGAAGAAGCCCCCUAGAGCUCUAACUUCGACAUCGCCACAAAUUCUACCUUUCAUGAACGAACUCGAUUCCCGACGGAAGGCUUUUCAAGACUCUGGGGCGGCUGUACAUGCUUCUGCAUUACAGGAGGUGGAACAGGAAAGAGAGGUCGCUUAUGAGGUUGAAGCCGUUCGCGAAGUCCAGAAGCCAGUGCACUAUACCGCACUCGGAUUCCCGCCUAUACACAGAGAUAUUCUGACUUUUGCAACUACCGGAAGACUUACAGCUGAUUCGGCGGGGUAUGAGCUGGCUUUUGAUGCGAUGAGCCGAACCUUACUCGGACGCAAAUAUAAUGUCAGCAGCAAUGGAACCUCAGGCAAGCUGUUCAUAUCCACGGAAUUCACACGAACCGUCAAAUUUCCCGGUCGGCCGUACGAUAAUUUCCAGCGCUCAGUUAACUGGAUUCUCUGGAGCACGGUUUCCGAAGCGGCUUUGGUCAUCAUCCCCGAAGAAGUAGAAAUUCUUCUUCCAAUCGUUAGGAUUACAACAGAUUCGCCGACAUACCUCCUAGCAUACGCGGCUCCAGUUACUCGAAGAAUGCUGCACUUCGGUGACCUGAAAUUCUACUCGGUCCCCACCUUACCUCAGGACUGGCAGGCUCCGAUGUGGCUGAAGCUUGAGGUAGGAAUUUACGCCGGUCGUUUGUACUUCGACUUCACCGAAUACCAUUCAACUCUAGACUUCCUAGGCAUCCGCCAUAAUGAAGGCAACCUUGAGAUAUCUGAAGACACGGACGACGAGGACCUUGAUAGUUCCAUGGGAUCAACAAAUGUAGAGAAGUCAAAAGUCUUCACCCGCAGACCUUUGACCUUCCUGCAGGAAUGGCUCGCAAUCCGUCGCAAGGGGCAGAAUUUCGAUCAGACGCCGAUGGGAUUUAUUUGCCAAGGAAAGGUGCUUCUGCAAUCUUACCAUUUCUUCUCUGAGAUGGAGAGCACGAUGGCUGUGAAGAAGGAAGGUGUGGAAAGCAGUCUAGCAACUCCCGGCGGACUACAGGAGGUGGAAGAAGUGGAAGAGGAAUUUGAGGAUGAAGACCAGGGGGAGAUAAUUCGUCCAGAGGACUUGAAGGAGGACUUCGAUGUCAGAAAUUUGAACACAGCUGAUCAGGUCCUGGAUUACGACAAGGAUGAGGAUGACUAGACGGAGACGAAGUGUGUAAGCAAAUGUGGAACGUCCAGAGACGAUGUAUGAGUAGAUAUGAGAUCAUGACUCUUUACGUAUCGAGGCUCUGAUGAGUCUUGCUCUUAAGUAAAUUGCCGAAAUGGAGAAAGCUACUUGCCGAAAGAUUUGGGCCCUAGCUGCAGAAUUUCAGAUGGUUAAUGGCUC